CAGGGAAUGACGCGGUCAACAAUGCCAAGCCCCAGCCCCCUUUCCCGUCCUUAUGUAUCGAUCCUCUCCCAAGGCCGACCGCUCAACUAAUUUCCUCACUUCCUUUCUUCCCCUGAGAUAUCUCACUUCACUUUCGUUCUGUGCGAUAUCAACUCCAUCAUCCUCAUCACGUAUAGGGACUCGACUAUUCGCUCUUUGCCGUUCUGGCCGCUGGUCCUGCCGUUUCCUGUGUUCUUAUAGGACUCCAGGUUUGGAUCUUGGGUUGGGGCUGCUCAUCGCUUUUUCAAAGCCCGGGUGGGAGGGCCUAUAUCUCAAGCAAAUACACAAGGAUCAAGACGCGAACUUCUUUAUCAACCUGGGCAUGAUAGUUGGUGUGGCUCGUCGUUUCGUCGAAGAGAAUCAAAGGUAGUCAGAUGACUACCAGCUUGUAAGGUGAAUCGUAAAUAGAGGUUGUGGCAUCCUCAUGUUACGCAUGUGUGUAUUAGCAGUCACAUUAAGCACAGUUCAACCUUCCUUUAUGCAGCGUAACUGUUAUGAGCACUGGUAACAGCACAUAUUAUCAAGCCAAUUAAUGCUAACCACGACCCGCAUUUGGUUGGGCAUGAAUGCA